UUCAUUAAUCAAAACUUUAAUUUGAUAAAUAUUUAAUAAAUAUCAAAACAUCUAUUCAAUAAUUCAACUUACACAUAAUAAAGAAAAGAAUUUGUUUGGGAUAUCUUUCAAUCAAAAUAUGUAAAGAAUUUUUUAGUUUUAAAUAUUCCUCAUUGCGAGCCCGAAUUCAAAACGAUACCUGAAUGGAACAGUUUACAUUUGUCCGACAAGCGACGCGGACAUAGCAGCAGCGACGGAGUGUAACAAAAACGCGACGGUGGCCUAAGUGGAGUCGAAUAAAGUGGUGGUAGAGAAAUUGGAAAUUAAGCAAAUUGCAGUGUUACAAUUAAAUAUAAAUAACCAUAAUGCUAUGUGUAUUAACGACUGAAAAGUGAAAAAAAUAAAAUCAACGUUUUAUUAAGUGCUUACAGUUCCAAUUGUAUCGGUAAUUAAAUGUGAAAAAAUCAGAAAUCGGUGAGAAAAACGAAGGAGUGGAUGAAAAGUGUACGCAAAACAAGAAUUUUUGUGUACUCCACGAGCGAGCGCGAGUACGAAGCAGCGGCGAAGAAGGUUGCCGUCGAGCCGUCACUGAAAAUCAAAGUGGAAAGAAAAACGGGCGAAAAAUAGUAAAGUAGGAAGGAAAGUCCUUAAACGAAACCAGGAAAAUUUGUUUUCCCAGAGAGAUAACUUGAUAGUAUAAAAUUCGUACGUUUUCGUGUGUGUUUAUAUAGAAGUGAUUGUGAAAAAUUUGAAAAGUGAAAAGUGCAUGCAAAUAUUUAUCCUCUUUGCAACGCAUUCCAAUGUGGCAGAAGUAAGAAAAAGCUACAUUUAAAGUGUAUCAGUGUGUGUGUGUUUGUUGUGUGCGUGCACGGAUUAUUGGAUUAUUACCUGUUUCGCUUCUUCUGCGAGCGCUGUCGGCAACGGCAGCGGCAGCGACGUCAACGUAGCCGACGAGCGACCUGACAUUUUUUCGGCUUUGCUUUACGGAUUAUUCGUUGUUGGUCGCAGUCGCCGCAUUUGUGCCUCUGAUUUGUCCACAAAGUAUGCAGCAGAAGCAUCGGCAACGACAUCGUCAUCUCCAACUCCAUCAGCAUUAGCGGCGUAGCAGAGGCAACUAAUGACCGCAUUGCCACAUUAAAUGCAAUUUCUCGGCAUUAUUUCUUAACGAUACGACACAACAAGCAAAAGGAGUCAUACGCAACAACAACAACAACAACUACUUGUCGCCGAAAAGUGAAGUGCAAUUGAGCUGAGUGUGCGUGCAGCCAGCGCGGCAAGGAGUUGAUAAAUAAUCAUAAAAAGUAACAUAAAAGCAAAUUCCAGCGGCAGCUGUACUGUUAAAUGUAUGUGUGCAACAUUGUAAAUAAAAUACAACAAAAACAAAUGAAAGUAAACUGAUACAAAAAGAAAAUAAAAAAAAAUCGUAAAUAAAAAGUUAAAAGUGCAUAACUAAAAAUACAAUUGGAAAAUUAAAAGUAAACUAAGGCAAAAACAACAAGAACUACAAAUAAACAGCAUAUCGAGUGUGCUGAGUGAUAGCUUCCCCCCUGCAAAUGCGAUAAUAAACGGCGAUUUCUUUAGCAUUUGUAGCCGACGGCAUUAGUGUGUGUGUGUGCAGUGCAUUAUUAUUGACAACCGUAACGCCGACAGAGCGGACGACAGUCAGUCAGGCUGUCAGUAGAUACUUACAAGGCGAACGGCAGUGUCACAGCAAUACACGCGGCCGUGCGAGCAGCAAUUUCCGUCGCAGACACAGAGACAGUCAGCGCGACAGACCGCUAGACAAAUCAAGUGAGCACCAAAACGCAGAUAAACGGGCUUUCAGUGUAGCGGUUACGCUUGCGCAUCACUUCGCGCAAAAGUCAGACUGACAAGCAGUCAGUUAGUCAAUCCGUCAGCUGGUGUGCAGUUGAGUUUGUCACAUAUUGUAUUGACGUUCCCAGUCAGCAUAUGCUACAGGCAUCCAGACAGCAACGACAAGCGCCCAGUGAAUUUGUAAACAAGUAAUAAAUUUCUAUAUAAACUGUCGAGACGACAGAGAAGUGAGUGAAAGAUACAAAUCGCGCGCAUCAAACGCGACGCAGCGGUGAAUUGACAGUUUUACGAGUAGGAGGCGAGCACCAAGAGGCGGAGUGCGCUUUGUUGCAAACUCGCUUGACGUAUUUUAAAGCGACGGACGAACGCUCAACAACUGUACGUUGUUUGUUUUCAAAGCGUGGCGGCCAGCCUUCAAGCGUUGCGAGUGUAAAAAUAAUAACCGCCGACUCAAUUCAAGCGCAUAACAAGCGCCAACGAGUAAGCGCUUCAACAACAAACACUGCCACGCCCAUAUACGCCCACCCGUUGACUUUAAUACAAACAUAACGCAACGUUAGCCUCGACAAUGCCACCCGCUGUUCUAGCGUACGCUAGUUGUUAGCCGAGCGCGCAGUCGUCGCUUGCUGACGUCAUCGCAGCGCUAAACAAAUGUAAUAAACAGUGAAAAAAAAACAAAAAUAGUGAAAAAUGCAAAAUAUAUAUUAGUAAAAACAAAUAAAAUUGAAUAAAGCUUUCGCGCUGCAAACGAUGACAUGCUCUCAAAAUUUUACUCAACAGCACAACAACAACAUAUACAAAUACCAACAAAUACAGACUACAAGAAAUACGAGUGUGAGCGUUUCAGCAAAAAAUCAGCAGCAACGACAACACAAGAGCGCGCUUGUUGUUGUUUCCACGCCCGAUCAACAUAAAUCCAAUGGAAAAUGAUGUUCUACGCCAGCAUCAACAGCAGCGCCAGCAACAGCAACAGCAACAGCUACAAGUGUAACAACAAAGACAUUCGCGAAAGCAAACACAACGUCAGCGGCUCUGACGUCGACUGCGACUGUAGUUUGCUAAAAGCAGCCAACACGAACAGCGCACAUGAUGCGGCGUCCGCAUUGGCGCCAAAGCAGCGCAGCAGCAGCUAUAAGAAGUACCGCAGAGCGAAACCGCUUCUUAACGAUCACCAACACAACACUGGCACUUGCAACAACAACAACAAUGACGCACAGCACUUAGACCACAGUAGUAAUUCAAUUACGCCAAUAACGCCCGCAUCCGCGCCUACAACAGCGACGACGCCCAGCGAAGACUGCGUGGAUUCAUGCGCCAGUCGUCUCCGGGGCCGCCAUCAUGCUACGCUUAGCGCUUGCUGCAGUUCGGCGGCGUCAAGCUCGGCCCUCGCAGUGGCGUUGGCCGCCAGUUUAAGCAUUUGUCGCGCCUUUAGCUUAUCGAUAUGCGUUCUGCUUUUGUUGCGGCUUGCACCCACCGUGCGUGGCCUCGCCGUCGGUGUCGACACAGUCAAUGCCAACAUCACAGAUUUGGGUAGUCCCGGUGGGUAUUCGACGAAAGUUUAUAGUAUAGAUUAAUUGCAUAUGUAUAUUUUGUAGUCUUCGUUUUGGCACUGAAAUAUUUUUUCAAAAUUUGCUGCUGCUGCCUUGUAAAUACCUUUUAUUCUCAUGUAAGAUAUAAUAAGCUUUUAAGUACUCAUCUACAGUAUGAUAAUUGUGCUUCUAAUUGAGAGUGAUCCUGAGCUGGAUUUCGAUAUUGGCAUUGUUAUUGGCGUUAAUGAUGGUUCGCAAUUAAACAUCAUUAAAAUCAAUGGCUUUUUCCAUGUAUGAUCUGCAUCCCUACCAUUCCAUUUGACCAAAUUUCGGAAGAUUAGAUCUCAUGAGUAAAUCCCUUACCAUAUUACUCAGUUUCUUCAUUCCUACAAGUAAAGGCUUUUGCAUUCUGGCCUGACCCCUCUCUUCUCUGCUGCGAUUUAUAGUAGUUACAGUUACAAAACAAUGCAAGGUACUUUAUUUGCUCUCACUGUUUAGGCAUCUUGAAUUGGUGGCAAGUAGUUGCGAAAUUCAACGUUUAUUGCCUUUUCUAAUUUCUGUUCACCUAAGUUCUUAUGUAAUUUACCACUGAGAGUGCCCCAGAAUUGCCCCGAUCCAACAAUGUACGCCUGUGAAGCACAAUUUCCUGUUCAACAAUCAUUCAUUUGCGCCGUCAGCGACCAAGAAUGUAGGGUAACAACUUGAAUACUCACCUACAUACAUAUACAUAUGUAUAUCUAUAUAACAGUGAGUCCAUUGAAUAUGCUUAUGUGUGUGUGUGUCACAUUCGUUUAAACGCCGGCUAAGUUCAGUGGCCAAUUCACUUAUGCGCUACUGGCAAUCAUUGUCGCACCGUUUGUCAUCGCGUCCUUUACUCUAAUAAACACACACAUGUAUACAUAUAUGUACAUACGUAAGAGUACACAUGUACGCAAGUGCAUGAACUUAAAUAGUUUUUGCCACGCUGACACUCGGCAUUUUCAUUUUCAUUCUCGUUUCCAUUUCCAUUUUAAUUUAUUUUUCUUCUUCAUUUUUGCGUUGCUUUCAUGCUCACUGAUUUGUUGGUGUUGUUGUGUUUUUGUUAUUUUACACCUGCCUUUUAACUGCGCCUGUGUCGCACUCCCUCAUUUGAUUCCAUUUCUUUUGCCACAUCAAGCACCCGCAACCGACUUCUCAGCGUUACCUCAAAGCAAUCGCACCAAACGACAGCGUCACCACCGGCAGCAGUGGUGGCAGUAACCCGGUCUCACCCAGCCAUACAGUGCCUCUAAGCAUCAAUUAACCCAAUUUUCAAAUCCAUUUGCACUGCUACGCCGCAAAAUUGCAGUUGGCCUGAGCGCUGAAGUGGCGAAGUGACUACCGUUGCCGCCCGUGCUUGCUCACCUUUUAGCCCUGGGAUGUGCCAACAACAACAGCAAAUGUGCUGCGCCGUCACUUCAUUUUCUCCUCACGCCAUGACGGCUAUUCAUGGCGUCCCACCCCCCUCAACUUCCGUCAACAGCGUCAUAACCAUUUAUAUCGACUGUAUAUGUGUGUGUGUCUGCCUUGAAAUUAUAUAUGUUUACUUGUAAUUAUAUAUGUUUAUAUAUGUUUACAUAUCUACAUACAUACAUAUAUAUUUGUAUUGAGUUAGAGCACCUCCGAGCUGAAUUCCCACUGGCAUUCCAUGCACAUGUGCAUGUGUGUGUGUAUGUGCGCAAAGUGUAGGCCCAAUCGAGCCAACACCACCCACCAGCUCACUAUGUAACGGUAUAUGAUUCAAGAGCGCCAGUUAGUUGGUGUCGUCCAACGACACGUUUACCAAUGGCGGCGGCAAAGGCAGCAGCAGCAGCUUUGGCAGUUGUUGGCCAUUUUUAGCCAAUUCUCUGUACGAAUUCAUUUGCUUUCUAUUUUUAUUCUUAUAUAUAUGUAUAUGUACACUACUCUAACCAUUCUACUCAUUUCUGCGCCCGGCGGAGUAUUUAAGUCUAUUUGCAGAGUUGUGGUUGCUGUCGUCAAUGUAGAUGAUUUGGUUUGGUACGAAUUGGUUUAGAUUGGAUUGCAGUGGAUAUGCGACGCUCUACAAACACCGGACUAAUCUAAUUUCUUUUUUUCUUAAUUAAAAUCUAAUUCGUGUUACUUUGCAGCAUUUAUAGAUUUUCAAUUUCAGCAAUAACAGUAAACAUUUUCGUUUUCAGCCAAUCGAAC